UGCUCCCAACAAAAUGGCGGCCGUAGAGUAACGGUCAGGAGCAGACAUCGAGAGACAGGCAGACGGAGACAACGAGGAGCUGCUGUUACUGCUAAAGAGCCGGGCGAUAGGGGCAGCCUCUUUCUACAGACUCUUUAACCUCUCCACAAGACGAUAAAGAAAAGCAUACGUGUAUCAUCUAACGGCCGGAGAAAGAGAGAGAGAGAGAGAGAGAGAGAGAGGAGAAAAGUCUUUGGAAGAGCAGGAGGAUCAGUGGAGCGUGGCCGAGGAGACCGGAGACAUGUCUCUCCUUUGUGUCGGAGUUAAGAAGGCAAAACUUGAUGGACCACAAGAAAAAUACAACACAUAUGUGACCCUGAAGGUUCAGAAUGUGAAGAGCACAACUAUUGCAGUGCGGGGAAGCCAACCAUGCUGGGAGCAGGAUUUCAUGUUUGAAAUCAACCGUUUGGACCUUGGUUUAACUGUGGAAGUGUGGAACAAAGGAUUGAUCUGGGACACAAUGGUCGGUACUGUGUGGAUUCCUUUACGAAACAUACGACAGUCAAAUGAGGAGGGACCUGGUGAAUGGCUGACUCUUGACUCAGAGGUUAUAAUGACAGAUAAUGAAAUCUGUGGAACAAAAGACCCAACAUUUCACAGGAUUUUGUUGGACACUCGAUUUGAGUUACCACUUGAUAUCCCAGAAGAGGAGGCACGUUACUGGGCCAAAAAAUUGGAGCAACUGAAUGCAAUGAGGGAUCAUGAAGAUUUUGUUUUCCAAGAAGAGGAGAGACCUUUAUCCGUUCCAGGUUCGCAAUGUUGCAACUGGAGCUAUUUCGGCUGGGGAGACCAACAAAACAAUGAAGAUCCUGAUAGUGCCGUGGAUGACAGAGACAGUGAUUAUCGAAGUGAGACUAGCAACAGCAUCCCACCUCCAUAUUAUACAACUUCUCAGCCUAACGCAUCUGUCCAUCAAUACUCUAUUUCUGCACGGCAUCAGCAAAGUGGAUCGCGGGAUUCUUGCGCUGAUUCUAUUCAUAGUUACGAGCUAGAUUAUUCAGAUCAUCAGAGGCCAAUAAGACGCUAUGAUAGCGUAGAUUCUGCCACAAAUGGACGCAGUGAUCUAGAGACUGCGUCUGACUCUAGCAGGCUAACCAGUCGUCAGUAUUCCCUUGAAAGUAGGCAGUCCCUAGAUCUGUCGGAUAGUCCAACAGGUAGCAGCAGGUAUGCUUCAUCGGCAGAAUUGAGCCAGGGCAGCUCCCAGCUCAGUGAGGAUUUUGAUCCAGAUAAUGAAAGCCUGCAAUGCUCAGACAUUGAUGAUGAACGCGACGGGGAUUCUUAUCACUCCUGCCACAGCUCAGUGAGCUGUCAGAAAGAAUCCUUGGACUGGGACAAAGAAGAUAAUGAACCACUGGAGAUUUACAGUGAACCUGAUGAGUUCCAGAAGGAGGAGGAGGAAAUUUAUGAGGAGAAACCUAAAGAGCAGGAAGAAGUCACUGUUCCAGUUGAAAUCCCCCCCGAAACAGAGAUAGCUUCAGAGCAGGUUGAAGAAAAACCACUAGAAAUUUACAGAAAUGAGGAGGAAGAACAUUCUAAUAUAUCAAGGGCCAAAGCCAAUUGGAUCCGAGCUUUUAACAAAGUUCGAAUGCAGAUUCAAGAAGCACAACUUGGGGAAGGGGUUGGUGAUCUUCCCAAGCCUCUUUGGUUUAAAGGAGGGGGAGCAGCGGUUAAAUUUCUACGUAGCAUUGACAGCAUGCCUGACAUUAAGCCUCGGCGUAAAUCCCUCCCACUGGUCAGCGACCUGUCUUUGGUGCAAUCAAGAAAAGCUGGCAUUACUUCUGCACUGGCAACUCGUACUCUUAAUGAUGAAGAACUGAAAAACCAUGUUUACAAGAAGACCUUGCAAGCCUUAAUCUACCCUAUUUCUUGCACAACACCACACAAUUUUGAAGUGUGGACAGCAACUACUCCCACAUAUUGCUAUGAAUGCGAAGGCUUGUUGUGGGGAAUUGCGCGCCAGGGAAUGCGUUGCACUGAAUGUGGGGUCAAAUGUCAUGAAAAGUGCCAAGAUCUUCUCAAUGCAGAUUGCUUGCAGCGUGCUGCUGAAAAGAGUUCAAAACAUGGAGCAGAAGAUCGAACACAAAAUAUUAUCAUGGUUCUAAAAGAUCGAAUGAAAAUCAGAGAAAGAAAUAAGCCAGAAAUCUUCGAGCUCAUCCAGGAGGUAUUUGGACUUCCAAAAUCAGUGCACGCACAACAGAUGAAGGCAAUUAAACAAAGUGUACUGGAUGGUACAUCAAAAUGGUCAGCAAAAAUCAACAUCACGGUGGUCUGUGCUCAAGGUUUGCAAGCCAAAGAUAAAACAGGUUCCAGUGAUCCUUAUGUCACGGUUCAAGUUGGGAAGACUAAAAAACGUACCAAAACCAUCUAUGGGAACCUUAAUCCGAUCUGGGAAGAAAACUUCAACUUUGAAUGUCACAACUCCUCUGAUCGAAUAAAAGUACGAGUCUGGGAUGAAGAUGAUGACAUUAAAUCACGAGUAAAACAGAGGUUUAAGCGGGAAUCUGAUGAUUUCUUGGGGCAGACCAUCAUUGAAGUUCGAACCCUCAGUGGAGAAAUGGAUGUAUGGUAUAACCUAGAUAAGCGGACUGAUAAAUCUGCAGUGUCUGGUGCCAUCCGGUUACAUAUUAGUGUGGAGAUAAAAGGAGAAGAGAAAGUAGCACCCUACCAUGUUCAGUACACAUGUCUACAUGAGAAUCAAUUUCAUUACCUGACAGAUAUACAAAAUAAUGGAGUGGUGAAGAUUCCUGAUGCAAAAGGAGAUGAUGCCUGGAAGGUUUAUUUUGAUGAAACUGCUCAAGAAAUAGUGGAUGAGUUUGCUAUGCGAUUUGGUGUGGAAUCCAUUUACCAGGCUAUGACGCAUUUUGCCUGCCUGUCUUCAAAGUACAUGUGCCCUGGAGUACCAGCUGUAAUGAGUACUCUGUUGGCAAAUAUCAAUGCUUACUAUGCGCAUACCACUGCCUCUACCAAUGUAUCUGCCUCUGAUCGUUUUUCAGCUUCCAAUUUUGGGAAAGAGAGAUUUGUAAAACUUUUAGACCAACUGCACAAUUCUCUUCGUAUUGAUUUGUCAAUGUAUAGGAAUAAUUUCCCAGCAAGCAGUCCUGAAAGGCUACAAGAUUUGAAGUCUACAGUUGAUCUUUUAACCAGUAUAACCUUCUUUCGAAUGAAGGUUCAGGAACUGCAGAGCCCACCACGGGCAAGUCAGGUAGUGAAAGAUUGUGUGAAGGCUUGUCUGAAUUCCACUUAUGAGUAUAUCUUCAAUAACUGCCAUGAACUGUACAGUCGAGAAUAUCAAACAGACCCAAAUAAAAAAGCCGAAGUCCCCCCAGAGGAACAAGGGCCAAGCAUUAGAAAUUUAGACUUUUGGUCCAAACUUAUCACACUCAUUGUUUCAAUCAUAGAAGAGGACAAGAAUUCAUAUACACAUUGCCUCAAUCAGUUUCCACAGGAGUUGAAUGUGGGAAAGAUAAGUGCAGAAGUGAUGUGGAACCUUUUUGCACAGGACAUGAAAUAUGCAAUGGAAGAACAUGAAAAGCACAGACUCUGCAAAAGUGCAGAUUACAUGAAUCUGCACUUCAAAGUGAAGUGGCUGUACAACGAGUAUGUAAAAGACUUGCCAGCUUUUAAGAAUUCAGUCCCAGAGUACCCCGCCUGGUUUGAACCAUUUGUUAUACAAUGGUUGGAUGAGAAUGAAGAAGUAUCAAGAGACUUUCUGCACGGAGCACUGGAAAGAGACAAGAAGGAUGGUUUCCAACAAACAUCAGAGCAUGCUCUUUUCUCUUGUUCUGUGGUGGAUGUGUUCUCACAAUUGAACCAGAGUUUUGAAAUAAUUAAGAAGCUGGAGUGCCCUGAUCCUCAGAUAGUGGGGCAUUAUAUGAGAAGAUUUGCUAAGACUAUCAGUAAUGUGCUACUGCAGUAUGCUGAGAUAAUAGCUAAGGAUUAUGCAUCACAUUGUUCGAAGGAGAAAGUGCCGUGUAUUCUAAUGAACAACAUCCAGCAGCUUCGUGUACAACUGGAGAAGAUGUUUGAAGCAAUGGGAGGAAAAGAUUUGAAUGCUGAAGCCAGUGACAUCUUAAAAGAGCUGCAAAUCAAACUGAAUAACGUGCUGGAUGAUCUCAGCAGGGUGUUUGCAUUAAGUUUUCAGCCUCACAUUGAAGAAUGUGUGAAACAGAUGGGAGAUAUUCUGAGCCAGGUGAAAGGAACAGGAAAUGUCCCUGCCAGUGCUUGUAACAGUGUGGCUCAGGAUGCUGAUAAUGUUCUCCAACCACUCAUGGAUCUGCUGGAUAGCAAUUUGACACUCUUCGCAAAGAUCUGUGAGAAAACCGUGUUGAAACGUGUCUUAAAAGAAUUAUGGAGGAUUGUAAUGAACACAAUGGAGAAAACUAUUGUCUUACCACCCUUAACUGAUCAAACAGGCACACAGCUUAUUUUUAAUGCUGCAAAAGAACUGGGGCAGCUUUCAAAGCUAAAGGAUCACAUGGUCAGAGAAGAAGCAAAAAGUCUUUCCCCCAAGCAAUGUGCUGUAGUGGAACUUGCACUAGAUACUAUUAAGCAAUAUUUCCAUGCUGGCGGAGUUGGCCUGAAGAAGACCUUUUUAGAAAAGAGCCCAGAUCUGCAGUCUCUACGGUAUGCUCUGUCACUGUACACGCAGGCCACUGACACCCUUAUUAAAACGUUUAUCGUGUCUCAGUCAUCUCAGGUGCAUGGUGGGAAGGGUAUUAGGUUUACCCAUAGCGAGGAGGUUUAUCCUGAAAAGGGACCUGGUGUGGAUGAUCCAGUAGGAGAAGUGUCCGUUCAUGUGGAACUUUUCACUCAUCCAGGAACUGGAGAGCACAAGGUCACAGUUAAAGUUGUGGCUGCUAAUGAUCUAAAGUGGCAAACAACUGGUAUCUUCCGUCCCUUCGUUGAAGUUAACAUAAUUGGACCUCAUCUUAGUGACAAGAAGAGGAGGUUUGCCACUAAGUCCAAAAACAAUAGCUGGGCUCCAAAAUUCAACGAAACCUUUCAAUUCACAUUGAGCGCUGAGGAUGGCCCAGAAAGCUACGAACUCCAGAUUUGUGUGAAAGAUUACUGUUUUGCCCGAGAAGAUCGAAGUGUUGGCAUUGCUGUGAUGCAACUGCGUGAUAUCAUACAGAAGGGAAGUUGUGCCUGCUGGUUACCACUUGGACGCAGAAUUCAUAUGGAUGAGACAGGACUAACAGUCCUUAGGAUACUUUCCCAAAGGAACAAUGAUGAAGUAGCAAAGGAGUUUGUAAAAUUAAAAUCUGAUAUACGUUCUGCUGAAGAGGGCAGUUGAGAAAAGUGGCCAAAAUCACAAAGUAGAUCAACGUUCAAAACUUUAAUUUCUUAACUUGUUGGAGCUUCAGUUCUCAUGUAAUGAAGCCACAUGUCCCACUUAUGAAAUAAGCAAAAAAAAAAAAUUCAGCAAGAGGUUGAUUCAAGUUUUGGUAUAUGCAUGAUUUAUCUGUAGUUUUUUUUUGCCAGCAUGGACAGUUUUCUUUUGUUCAUGAAAAGGCAGUACCCAGUCCUUAGAAAUAUGACUAUUCACAAACAACUGGAUUGACUUUCUCCAAAGGCUAAUAUCACUUGUGUAAAUAAAUCCCGCAUGACUCUACUGAGCCUGUGUACAAUGAGCACUGUGAUCCUGUCCUUGUGGAGAGACCUACAGCUGAGAGAACUUAUAUACCUCUUGUGAAAAGUCUCAGUUACCUUCCUCUUCAAUACCAAAAUGCCAAAGUCUCUUUAUACUCACUGGUGUAGCCAAUUUCUUACACAUUCCACACUUGAACAGAUUGCUACUCCGAGCUAUACUCACAAACAGGCUUGGUAUUCUACAAAUUAGAUGAUUAGACCCAAGUUUUUGCCUUUAAUUUGUUGCAAUUCAAACACAUACCACUGCUGAAAAAUAGGUUAGUUCCAUAGCAGACGUUUGAAAUUCUCAAAUGACAGAAUGGAAAGGUAAUCUCAAAAAAAAUCCCCACUCUGAAAACCAUCUAAAAUUUCCAUCUAUUAAAUCAGUCUUGCUUUAGCUUGUGCAGUGACUGAAAAAAUAUUGCACGUUUUGUUACAUUAGCCACAAUUUUACACAAAUUACUACAAUAUGCAAUAAGGACACCAAAUACAGGUUUUCUAGUUCCAAACUGGAAAUGAAAGACUGAUUCUAGUAUUAGAAAGUUCAUUUACAACCACCACAGUGGAAAAGCCAAUAUGUUCACUCAAGCUUCCCUUCAUUCCAAUAUCAACUAUACUUGGGUGCUUAGUUUUGUUUCCUGGCAAUGGAUUGCAAUUUUUUAAAAAAGUGUCAAUUUGGCAAAUCAUAUUUGUGAAAUUUUAACUUUUCAUUUUAUUUUUUAAAACCUUGAACUUUGUUUUGACAUAAAAUAAAGUGUGGAGAUUAAAACACUACAAUAUCACCCAACAUAAAAAUAACAUCAGAAUCCCGUAGGAUAAAAUGGUGAGGCUUAUUGCUUUUAAAAUGCAAAACUAUCUUCAAUGGUCAGGUAGCAAAGAAAACUGAUGAGGCUAUACCUAAUACACCAACAUAUUUAGAGUCUGAAUUGGAAAGAGAAAACUUUUAAUACCUGAUUUAUCUCACAUCUGGUUGCUUAAAACCAUGACAACUGAAGUUUUAAAAUGUAAAUGUGCAGAGAACAUGUCUUUACGUACACAAAUCCUCUAAAAAAACUCCGUUACCCAAAAUCAUAUUAGUGAAAGACCAUUUUGUCUAAACCAAAAUUAACUUUAAAACUCCACUGUAUGCAGCUCUCUUCUGUGAAGCAAUUAAAAACAUACCUUUUACAGUUCAUUCUUGCCUUUCUAUUAAAUCAAGCCAAAAUAAAAUUACAUUGAUGUCUUGUAACCCUUAGCCACCAUGUAAUGCUGCACAUGCCUGGAUGUACAUGUUGGUCUAGACCAAAAAAAAAGCCUUUUGACUAGCCUAGAGCAAGUUAGGGUUAAACUAGGACUAAACAAUUCAUGCAUUAAAAGUUACCAUCCUACAACUACAGAAUUGACCCUUUAAAAGUAGAAUUUAAUAUCUUGCCACCUCAUUAAAUAGGAGGGCAGCAGAGGGAAAAGAACAACAUUCAUCAUGCUGCCCCCCCCACCCCAACAAACGGUUCAUUAUGUAUUGUGGAAGUUAAAUUCAAAACUUUUGUCUAAUCCUAGGUGGUGAACUCAAGGUAACUUUUGCUUUUGGUUUGAAACUGCAUUGCUGUACCAACAGUGGUAUUCUCUCAAGCUCACCGUGGGUGACACUUGUUUUGCUUGCCUUACAUGCAAAGUUCAAUGUAAAAACUGAUUUUACUUUGUAAGUGAGGGAAUGCAUGACAGUAAAAACAAAGUCCUAAAUGAAGGGUGUGGCAUUUUCGAUGGCUGAAUAUUCAUUAUCACUUCUGCUUCAUUGUGGGUUUCUUUCAAUUUCGUCAAAAUUAAUCCAAAGAUCUUCCAUCAGGAUCAAGAAUUAAUUAACAAUUUCCUAUAGAUUCAAUAAUGGAAGGGUUUAUUAAUUCCAUUUUGAGAUAUUUAGCAUUAGAAAUAUAACAAUCUUCCUCACCAGAACCUGCUAGGUUACUAAUACAUCGAGGGACUGAAGGAAAUUUGAUAACAGCAUUAUACAGUCAUCUCACUGGUCUAGAAAUGAAAUUGUACAACUCUGCCCAGUCUCUCUUGGGUGAGUUAAGGAAGACAAGAAAAGGGGCAAAAUUAACCAAGUAAUUCAAAAAGGUGCAAAAUUCACCAAAUAAUUCAAAAAAAGGUGAUACCAAAUAGGGAUAAAUAUUAGGUUAACAUCCCUUCAAACAUUUAAUCAAAGCUGGGUAUGUCAAACUGAAAUACAGAUGAACCCUUAAACAGAACUGAAUGAUGGUACAAGCUCAUGAUGCUCACUGGUCUAUUUCUGAUUAUUUUGUUAGCUCUGAGGCAGUUUGGAAUAUUUUGAAAUAAUGAAGGGUGCUCUUUUAAAAAUUCUGGAAGUACAAGUUUUCAGCAUCUGAAGAGAUGCAUGGAUAAUCAUCUCAAUGUUAAUAUUGUACAAGUCAGAUCCCAGGCUGAAACCAAAAUGAAAUUUAAGCAUGUAAUACUUAACUAAAACAAACUAACAAAAAAAUAGAAUAAGUUAAGCCAUUACUUGUAUUGUUUGAAAUCUUUAUUUGUAUUGAGUAUAUAAUCCAUUAACCCCAAAUUACAUUAAUAUUAAAGAAAGAAACUUUUGUAGGAUACCACAAAAUCUUCACACCAGAUUCUCUAUCUAGCACCUUGUUAUGUUUAGGUCAUUUCUGACCAACAUUUACACUGGAACUAAAAUGAUAAAGAUAAUCUCCAAGAAACUAAGUUGAAACUUGGUGUAUAUGAAUUAAGCUUACUCAACUUGUUGCCUUGCUCACCAAGCUGGUUGGUUAUUGUACCGACGUUUUGUAACAUACUAGGUAUAAUCAGUGCAGCCUCCGGUGAAGCAAUGUUGUUCUACUCCACUUGGUAUUUAUGGAGCUGUUUGGAGUUUGUAUUUCUGCUGCUUCCUAUCUUGUCUUUAAUUUGUUUUUGUUAACCCAGAAUCUGGAGUAUUACAUGCAGAAACAGACUCCAAACAGCUCCAUCAGCAAGGACAACUAGUCAGACUCUGCCUCACCUCUCACUUCAUCUUUAUGGCCAAAUAUACAAACAAAAUCAAUGGCACACUUAUGGGUCACUCAUCUCAAGUCUUUUAGCAAAGGGAGUCCUGCAAAGACUGGAAUGCACUACCCUGCCCCUCAUACAGCCAAAACUGUGGAUCUGAUACACAGAUGACAUUUGUCAAGUUAGGAAAGAUACACCAUCUCAUUAACAACAUUUUCAUCAGGAUCAAAUUUGAGAGAAGAGGAAGACAACAAUCUACUUUAUUUCUAGACAUCAGGGUAGAAUGAAUGACCAAUGGGGCAUUCCAAACCACAGUACAUAGAAGGGCAAUGCACACUGACCAAAUCCUCAAUUUCCACAGCAAUCAUCCCAACAUCCACAAACAAAGCUGUGUUAGGACACUAUUUUCACUGAAAAAUACCAAAACUAUUCAGUGAGAAACACAAGUGCCUACAAGGUGCACUGUAAUAACAGAUACAAAGUCUUUGCUAACAGAUAUCCCAACAACUUCAUCCAUAGGUGCCUACUAAAUGGACGUUAAGAGGACACAGUAUGUCCCAAUACAUUGGCCAUACUACCCUGUCAAGAACUUAAUCAGAACUAUCAAUGAGAGUCCUACAACCACUAGCAAUUACGGCAGCACUCAAACCCACAGGCACACUACAAACAAACAUUCACAAGGACCAAAGACUCCAUACCCAAGACAUGCAGGACAAAUGCAGUUUACAAAAUACCUUGCAGUGACUGCAAACAUUAAAAUCAGCCAGCCCAGAAGGAAACUAGCCAUCAGGAUACAUGAACACCAGCUAGCAGCAAAACAUGAACUUUCCCUCAUCUCAGUGCACUUGGCAAUGAAGGCCAUCAAUUUGACUGGGAUAACAUAACCAUCCCUUAUGUCAGUGAUUGGGUUGAGCUAGGAAUGCCUAGAAGCCUGGUUUUCAAUGCAUAAUCAGCAAACUUGUGGAAUUAGACCCUAUAUUGACCCAUGCAGAACAGAACCAGAAGAGAGACAGCUCAACUUAACAGACUGGAUCAUAUAAAUACCAAGCAAAAUGGAAUAACAUUGCUUCAACAGAGGCCACUAGUGACAUUAUCUAGCAUGGUGAUGAAAUAUCUGUAUGAUAAACUGACCAGCUUGGCAAGUAAGCCAACAACCUCAUUCACAACCAGAGCUAUAAAUCUUCACAAGAAUCUUAACUUAUUCAGGAUUUUAUCACAACAUUUCUGGUCUGGGGCUAACUAACUCUUCACUUUAAGAUGGACCUAGUUCACUACAGAUCCUUCCCUCCUUAGGAGCACUGGUCUGUAUAGCUAUUCUUGUCCAAGGACUUCACAGGACUCUGUCCAACCAAAUUGAAACUAAAAUUUCUGCCUUUUCCAAGCUGAGUGAGUGUUUCCCUGAAGCUUAAAAAGAAUGCCACAAGUCUCUAACAAACUGAAGUCCCAAUAUUUACCUAGUCUCAAAACAAUCCAAAGUAAACAAUAUAUAUUAGUAGUGCACAGAAAUCCAUUCACCCUGAAGCCAGGCCUCAAAAACUUGUAACUAUUUCUAUAGCCAUGGGUGAAGACUUUUACACAUUAAUGACCAAAAGUGGGUUUUAAUCUGUAUGAAGUUACUAAUUCAAAAAUUCAAAUUUAUAAAAGAUUAAUUCUUUAAAAACAUCAGUUUACAUCACAAUUCUAACAUUUUGAAAAAAAGGAUUCCCAAACUAUUUAUACAGUCAAAAAAAACAGGAAAAAUGGUGUUACCACUAGCUUAAUAGGGAUAAAAUAUUUUCCAAAGUCAAAUGUUAGAAGUUAAUAUUAUUUGGUAAAAGCAAUGACUUUUAAGAAACAUUCAUCCACAUAACUGGCAAAUCUAGUAUAAAGGAUGACAAAAGUAUCUAGGCUGUACCUUGGACAUUUGUUUCUACUGCAGAUAAGUAAAAACACUAGGAUUUUUAAAAAUAAAACAGCAGCUUUGAAAAGAUUGAAUAUAACUAGAAGAUUGUUAAUUGUAUUUAAGUGAAUUUCACAUGACAAGAUAAGCAGUCUGGUUUAUUAAGAGGUGCUAGCAAAUAUCUACAAAGUUAGCAUACACAGAAAGAGCUACUGAAAACUGAAAUUAGAUGGGGAGGGUAACAAUAUAAAGGGUAUGAAUGCUAGGUUAGCAAUUGUAUAAAAGUAAUUACAGGACUGAAUUUCCUAAAAAGCACAAGAGGCACCUUCUUAUAAAGAUGGUGUGAAAUCUAUGUACUUUGACCUAUAAUGGGAGGAACAAUUAAAAGUAAGGCAUACCCAUAGUUGGACAAAAUAGAUAUAGCAUGAAAGCAAUAACAGUCAAGGGGAGGAGAGGUGUAGCUUGAAACAGAUCUGGGAGGAAAAGCAUGUCAAGUUCACAACCCUCAUUGGUUACAGCUCCAAUAUUAAAAUAUUGUUGGCUGACAUUUUUAGGAAAUAGCAUGGAAAGCUUUUCAAAUUUACCUUUAGAUGACUAUCUAUAAAAGUGAAAAAGUGAAUGACAAUUUUUUCCCCUUUCACAGCAGUAGCAUUUUAUCAUUUACAACUUUUAUUAUGAAUGGAGUACUUUAAUUAUAACUAUUAAAAGAGGUUUUUUUAAACUUGGGUUAAGCUAUACACAAUGGUAGAUUGAGGUCUUCUACAAACAUACUGUACUAUUCCCUGUCAAAUCAAACCCCAACUUUUUAAUUUUUCAGCAUACUGAGAUUUACAGAUGCUAAAGUCUGAUUAUAAUGCAAAUCGCAUACAUUUUUAAGUUAGACUUGGUUAAUUAGUGACAGAACUCAUUUGUACUCAUGUUAACAUUUCUUUUUGAAAAAUUGACCGGUUUAGAAGAGAUGACUAAGUAUCCUUGAAUGUUUAUUACAUUUAAAAACAAUUGUGCAGGUCUUCGUUGUUGACUGAUUAGUGAGUGAAUGACUGCAAGUUAUUAGACAAAAGAAUGACACCUUAAAACACGAGCAAUAAUUGGAAGUCAGCACAAAAUCCUGCUUAUUUGCUGAGAAGUAAAAACUCUGGGGUUGGGUGGGGUAGCAAUCUGAGACAUGCAAUCUUGAUCAUUAGUGCACUACAGAUCAACUAAGGGGACCAGAGAUCAAUGCGUGCACAGGUGUUACAGCAAUCCAAACACAAGAGGAAAGCAAUACUAAGAAUACUGAUGGUCUAGGACUGUCAGUAUUUUUGCAAACUGCACCUUGGAAACCAUUUCUUUGAUGGAUGGUGAGCUUGAAAUACCUGAAUAAACCAAAAAAAAAAAUCAGCUUUUAAAGAGAUUUUUAAACGUAUCCAAGUGAAUUCCGGGGGGGGGGAAUAAAGUUGAGCAGUCUGGCUGGAGGGUCCUAUCUAUAAUCAGUGUAAUAUUUUGUUUAUUGGAUAUUAACACGUGCUUAGCUAUUGAACAACUACUCUUUUUGACAAAUUAUUGGCAAACUUUUCGUAAAUCAGCACACAAAAGGAAUUGAAGUUUGACUUUUAAAAAUCUGGAAAAAAAGACAGACAUUUCCUACAAAAGAUUUCAAUCAUAUUGUGGAAUGGAGAGCAGCACAAAUAUAAUGAACCCUUCACAAAGAAAAGCAACAGAUGAAAACUUUUGUCCAUACUUGUCACUGAAUUUUUUUUAAAAUGUUUGUAUUUUUAAAAAAGUGCAAGGUGAUCCAAUAAAUUACUUUAAAGCCCUUCCUAGUCUGACAGAAAAAACUGUCAAUGAAUUGAAUGGAUAUCUUGCACUUACAUCAUUUAAGGGGAGCCAAAGCUCUAUGGUAUGGGUCACUUGCACUUUAGGCAAAAAAGGGAGAAAUAUUCAAUAGUGUAAGAGUGAUCAAUUUCCACAAAUUCCUUUCAUUAUAAAUUAGAUGCAAUUAGAAUUAAUUCUAUUCAAAGUUAUUUUCAUUUAUAGUAACAACUAUGCAUUAAGUACAAGAUUAGAUAUCUGAUGGCUAGGUUGAUCUCCAUUCUCAUUAGUUCUAUCUUCAACCAUACCAAGACAAAGAUAUUUAACUAUAAAAUAUCAUGUUUUUUAAAAAGAACAAAGUUAUCCACUUCACCUACUCACAGCUACUCACAAAAUGCAAACAAAAAGAUUAUUCCAAUACUCAAGUGACUGCAAUAAAAAGACUAUAUUCAAACAACCUGUUCAAAUACAACAUAUUCAAUUCAGGUUACAGCAAUGCCAUCCAGAGAAGAUUAAUUUGGAUAUUCACAUGACAGUGGGAUUUUAAAAAAACAGAUUUCCUAGAAAGUAACCUUAAGCCACUGGACACAAGAGCAAAUUCAAGACAGGUGUUGCUAUAUCCUGGAGAAGCAAAAACCACAAACCUUUGUAUCAUUACUCCACACUGGUACCAAUAGGAUUACAGGCUCAUAUCUUGUAUAGCAUUGUGCUGGUACAGUUUACAAUAUUAAACUGUCAAAUAAUCAUGUCUAAAUAAGCCACCAAUAACUUUUGGGGGAGGUUACGCAACUUCCUCCACGUGUUCGUAAAAAUGAGAGCGCCGGACGGGGUUGGGGGGAAGAGAAAGAGUUUAAAUAAAUAGUACACAGUGCAAUGUUUCAGAAAUUUUGUUUGUUAGGUCUUCAAAGUAAUAUUAGGCAUCUAUAAUGGCAUGAUAUACUGAGUCAAAGAAAUGGUGCAAGUGUAAUUUUCUCCACUAUUCAUUAUUAAUCAAUAUUUUUAGAGUAUAAUCUGAUACAGGCAACUAAAUGACAUACUUAAUAGAUUUUCAGAUUGAAUGUUGGUGCUCCUUAAGUACAUGAAGCACAAAAAUAUUGUAACAGCUUUUAGAAACUACAUGGACAUUUUUAAUAUAAAAACAAAGCUUUAAUUUCUUCAAUUUGAAUUACAACAGAUUUUCAAACAAUGCAGAAACAUUCAUAUUUUGUUAGAUCCUUACAAAAAACAUUGACGUCUUGAAGUGUGCAUUAGUCUCUACUUAAAUAUAUUUCAAAUUAGAUGCUUCUCAGCAAUGAUCAUGUUACAUCAGUGUCACAAACAAGCUGCCCUCUUACCUAUUUAAAAUUCAUCAAGAAUACAGGAGCAGUUUAAGUUUAAAGAGGAGAGAACCACAACAUUUUCAUGCUUGCUUUAUUUUGUUGUGUUUUCCCUCUUAAGAUUCCAAUUAAAAAAGGAUACAGUGAUACAUUAAGCAAAUGAUUCGACCAUCUCAAAAUUUUCCCCUUGUCAAAUCAGUGACAAACAGUAUGUCUUAAAUAUCAAAUGCCCAAUUCCCUAAGUGGACAAAAAAUGCAAAAGAAAUGAAAAAGGUAUAAAUUAUGUUGUGGCUAAUUGCUCAAUAAAUUUGAGAGUUUGCUCAGCAUUUCACUUUUGAAUCACACUAAACCAAACAUGCAUGCAGUGAUGAAUACAGUGCAUGUGGACUAACAAAAUGCCAACCCACAAUUCAAGUCACCCCAAGCCAGUUGCCUCAAGCUAAAUUCUCAGUUGUCCUUGCAACUUAUCAAACUCAUAUCCCCCUUCAGUUUUGUGCUGAGAAUCUAAAAUAACUGUACCUUGGGAUUCUCAAAGCUGCACAAAUACACAUUUCAGAGUUUUCUGCAAGUUUAAAAAGGAACCGUAAAUAAAUUACUGCCAAUAAAACCUGGCCUUUCUAAUUGAAUUUACUUAAUAGUCAACAAAGUUGAACUGUCAUUUAUCUGUCACUUGCAACAAGCUAGUUCUGCAAAUCAAACUCAUUCUUAACCAAAAUCUUGCAAGUUGUGUACCCACUCCAGAUGGCUAAAUGCCUGUAUUUAGAUCAAAUUCUAUUUAGAAAGUCCAGUUUCAAGAUUUCCGGAAUUUUAAUCUUGUCCAGGUUCACCGGUGAAGGAAUGAUCGGAAAAUUUACAGCAAAUACAUGCCUUAACUCCAUUAGCAGACGGCGACUUGGACUUCUACCUGCCAAUCGAUCCUGUGCAAGACACAACAUUCAGCGUAACUAUUUCCCCAAGUGUGGUACAGGUUAGUUUAUUAGAGAGGAAGAGUUAUUAGUUUUGAAAUGUUUAAUUCAUCUCAAAAAUAAUAAAGGUUUAAAUCUCAGUUGCAAGAUAAAUGUAUAGAAAUUGUGGGAAUACACUAUCAAAAAAAAGAAAAUCACAAGGCCAACUUCCCUGCCAAAAACCAAGAAAGCUUAGUUCCAUAUUUGAUCCAAUAGUAAACUCAGUACAAAGUUUCCAUGUUGUCCAAUAGGAAGAUCUCAAACUGACCAUUUUUUUUAAAAAGGUGAGGACAGAAGAGAAUGCACUGUUUAUUUAACAAGAAAAAAGCAAUUUACAGAAGGCUCAUCCACAUAGUAGAUUUGGGAUCACAUUUAAUCAAAGAUCAAUGUCAUUAUUCAGAGGCAAAUUACCUUUAUAAAUAAGCACUGCCAAUCAAUAUAUUAUGAAAAUAAUUGAUAAGGCGCGCUGAUUAUGUAGUAUUGUUGUACUAUUAACUACAUUUGCUCAAGUAGUGCUAAAAACAUUUAUAUUUGCAUGUUCAGAAACUCCAAGGGAGCAGGGUAGAUUGUAUUGGCCCAGUUACAGUAUGUUGCUUUAUUGAACAGCGAAGACAAAACCUAAAUCAUAGUUCAGUCAAUGUGCAUUUGAAACUUUGCAAAAAUCUUUGCCUCAAAAUCCUCCCACCCCUCAAACCACCUCACUUUUCAAACAAUAGUCAAAAGGCAAAACAGAACUUUGCAAAAAAAAUUAGAUGGCCAGUCACAUGAUAAUUCUAAAAUUAGGCUUGGAUUACUGAAUAUGUUUGCAACUGAGUAAUCAACAUUUAAAAAUAUUUACCUGAAUAUUUUUUAAAAAAGCUAUAGUCACACGCUCCUCAAAUUCAUUAAUAGGUGUAUAUAGAGUCAGAAUUUUCACAAUCUGUUACAAAUCAAAGGAUAAAGCUGAAUUAGAACGAAAGCUUGAGUUUGGAAUGCUAAAUAUAAAUAACGGUACUGCAAGGUAAUAGGCAAGUGGACCUAACUACAUUAAGCAUUGUCACUCAAAGUUGUGUUUUUGAAACACAUGAUCAGUGCCUAUCCAGAGUUUGGAGAUUUCCAAACUGCACCUCAUGGAUCCUCCUUUAGGGAAAAUAACAGUCAUCCUUGCUUAUCCAAUUGGGUGCUAACAAUAGUCAUCUAAUGCAAGUUUCUCUCAAGCUGUCCAGAGGAUAGAUCUACAGUUGGGUACUCAGGUCUUUACUGAAACUGUGGAGGACUGACAAUAGAACGACAAUAGCUUCCAAACAAAAGUUUUAGGGAUGGAGCCUUAUUCCAAACUCUGUCCUCUACAGGCUAUCAAAUUGUAACACUAGCGUUCAAAAUUUGGUAGGUUUAGUCAGUCAUCUCCAGCAUUGCUUGACCGCUGUCAUGUUCAGCAGAACCUGGAAAUUUGUUGCAAGGUUCUAAAGCUUUAAAAAAAAACCAUGGUACUCACUCUCCUCAGCAACAAGGUGGCCCUGUUCAAAUCUGCUGAAGAAAGUUACUUUCUGUACACGGCUAUAAUUUUGGAAUCAUGUGCUGAAGCUGAAAUUCCAUUUAGCUCUGACAAAGGAAUGGGCUCCUUCUACUGAUAUCCUGGGCAAGGAUCAUAUUGACCUUUUUUCUGCCCUUCAAGUAUGCAAGUGUUCUUCUAAUAAGAAAUGAUGAUUCCCCAGCAAAACAAGUAGACAUUUAUUUUUUGUUUGGCUACAUUGUUUCCCCAUCCACUACCUGUUAGUUCAACAAAUAACAGAUGUCUAUUACUCAUGAGCAUGAUCAAAAAAUCUAAAACAGAUGCAAAAAUGAAAGGAAAUUAAAGAAUUCCACAAAAACACCCAAUGUUUCAUUCACCAGUGCCUUCCAUGUUAUGGAACACGUUUCAGAUUAUUUGUAAUAUUACAAAAAAAUUGAUUUUGCAUUUUCAAGAAUCAAUGUUAUCUGCUCCAUAGUCUCUAAAAAAAGCUACUCAGUGGUUUCACUGCUUGUUCAUAGAAAUUGUGUUAUGCAUUAGCUUUGAAUAUUUGUCUCCGGCACUUUGUACAAUUCUGAUCUAUGAUAUCAAGUUCCUUUGGAAUAAGAAUGCUAUGAUUUCAAAAUGGAAAAAGCAACCCAAUUAGAAUAAUUGUUCUUCACAACCUUAGAACUCUUCCUGCCGUCCAGUCAUUCUGGUUGUACUCCACUAUAUCCUAUCAAUUGCUGCAAUAUCUUUUAUUGAUCUCAAGACCAGCAAUAUGUACACAUUCCCCAACUAUGCUUAUCAUUCCAACAUUUUCAUUCUCAUCUUAAAGACACUCCUAAAGAACAAAGAACAAUACAGCCCAGGAACAGGCCCUUCAGCACUCCAAGCUUUCAUUGACACAUUUUGCCCUCGAAUGCUGCUAUCGUGUGUUUCCACCACCACCUCUGACAGCACAUUCUCUGUGAAAAAGGUACCUCAGACGUCUUUUAAACUCCUCAUACCUUGAGCCUGCCCUCAUGUAGUUAGCCCAUCCACCCUGGGGAAAAAUGCCUCAUACUUUCCACUCUAUUCAUGCCAUUCACAAUCUUAAACUUAUGUCAGGCCACCCUUCAACCUCGUGCUCCAGGGAAAAUAAGACCAGUCUAUCUAGCCUCUUCACAGCUAAAAUCCCGCAUACUAGGUAACAUUGUGGCAAACCUUUUCCGUACCGUCUCCAAAACACCCACAUCCUUCUGGUGGUGUGGUGACGAGAACUGUACAGAAAUGUUAAACCAUUUCUUGUGUCUAACAUGGUUUUAAAAACAAAAAGCACUGUCCAAUAUCUUUAGGUGGCUGUGGUAUGUAUGUUCAAGCUAUAGUAAAGUGAACCGUACCUGUGACUUUGAGAGUGCGGUGCACAUUGAACAGAUUGCCUCAGCGUCCUCAUUGGUUGUUUUAUUCAAUUGCAAGAGCUGCGCAGCUUGUAUCAGUGGCUCCAGUAUCUCAAGUGCACCACUCUGAUGUAGAUUCUUGCCUCUUAGCCAUUCAAUUAGAUGGCUGACAUUGUUUCUGCAUUGGGAAGAGCAAGAGGAUGAUGACAACUCCAAAUAUUUCAGCAAUUCAAGUAACAAAAGGCUCACCUAAAUCAAGAUUACAAGCUUUUAACUGUCUGACAAACUUGACAACAUAAUAAAUAACCAUAUAACUCUAAGGAAAGUUGAGCUCUUUGACCAAUGUUUGGAUCAAGGCUAUAAUGAGGUCAGAGGCCAAGUGGCUCUAGUGGAUCCAAGCUGAAGUCAGUGAGCAGCUCAUGUGGAGAAGGGGUUGCUUGAUAGACCUGUCAAUGAUGUCUUCCAUCAUUUCACUGAUGAUCCAGAGUAGAUAAGUGUGUUAGUUACUGGCCAGGUUGGAUUUGUCCACCUUCCACAUUGCUGGGUAGAUGCUAGUAUUUUAACUGCCCAAUUACAGUUAAACUAGGGACAUAACUAGCUCUGGAGUACAGUUACAAUUACAGAAAUGCUGCCAGUGCUCAGUCUUUGCUGUAUCUAAUGAUUUUUUUGCAGUUAUCACAUGAUGCAAAUCAAACCAAGGGAAAACAUGCACCCUUUGACACUGGGAAUCUCUGGACAAGGCACAUAGUUAGAUCAUCCACUAGAUACUUCAGCCUAAAGAUGAGUGCAAAUACUUCAGCCUUUUGCACUGAUGUUCUGGGAGUGGAGAUACUUUGUGGCAGCAGAGUUGAGUUUGGGGUGACGUGGUACCGGCAGUGUCUGCACUGGCAGAGUCCAGUGAGGACUCAGUGGCGACAGUGUCAGAGGCAAGAUGGCACCAAAGUGUGGUAACUUUCAUUUCAGCAGUGGUAGCAUGCUGAAGGGGAUUCAUGCCUGCCCACAGCAGAGCACUUAAGGACUGUAAAGUUGAACACACUUGCUUUAUUUUUCUGCUUUUCUAUUCUGUGUUUUGGUUUAUUUUUAUGUUUAAGAUGGCACCAGAAAGUGGCAACA